UCGCCGAUACUGUUUCACAUUCGUAAAAUGGCGUCGGAGGUAGCGGUUGAACAACAAGACCAAGAAUUUGCUGUCAAACAAUUUAUUGAUCUCUGCAACAAUUUAGGCGCCAACUGCAGCCAAGCAGCAGCAGCAGCAGCAACAGCCGCCGCCUCCUCGAAUGCCAGCACAUCCAAUUUCCACGUUCACAUCAAUACACAACAGCAACAACAACUGACAACAACGACAGCAACAGUCGCUCCAGACACACUAAAUCCAUCAACAACAACAAUAUCGUCAUCAUCAUCAUCAUCAUUGCCCAUUAGGCGUCACAUCUCGCACACGACGGCCGUCAAGUUCUUGUACGCCCGUAAGUUUGAUAUACCACGCGCCGUGUCCCUGUAUGAACAGCAUGAGCAGAUCCGCCAGAGGGAAUACCUAUAUAACAUUGAUGCAGGUGUAGAGCCGUUGCGCUCCGAGCUGCAGACGGGCAAAUUUACAAUACUGCCGGCGCGCACUUCGAGCGGAGCGGCGAUUGCGCUCUUUACGGCCAAUCGGCACAGUCCGCUGAGCGCCUCGCAUACGACCACAUUACAGGGUAUUGUCUAUCAGCUGGACUGUGCGCUGCAGGAUACGGAGACGCAGCGUGCGGGACUUGUUUUUAUCUACGAUAUGAGUGGAUCCAAAUAUUCGAAUUUUGAUUAUGAUCUAUCCCAAAAGAUUCUCACGCUGCUCAAGGGCGGCUAUCCGGCACGGCUGAAGAAGGUGCUGAUUGUGACGGCGCCGCUGUGGUUCAAGGCGCCCUUCAAGAUACUCCGCCUGUUUGUGCGCGAGAAGCUGCGCGAGCGGGUGUUCACCGUAUCGGUGCCGCAGCUGAGCCUGCACGUGCCGCGCAAGGCGCUGCCAGUGCAUCUUGGCGGCACGCUGGAAAUAGAUCACGCCACAUGGUUGCUACAUUGCCGCAAAUCGAUGACGAAUCGUGAAGACGAACUGCUUGCCAAUAUUGUGGGUGUGGCUGUGGGUGUGGGUGUGGGUGGACCUCUCGCCGCACCCUCAACAACAACAACAACAGCAACUGGAACGACAUCAGCUGCAACUGCAACCACGACAGCGUCGCCGCUGAGCAACGGCAGCGUUGCGGCGUCAACAAUUAUCAGCGCCGUGCACCAGUUGGCCGGAAACAACACAACGGUUGUGACAGUCAGCGGCGAGCAGAGAACGGAAACCGGCGCCUCGAGCGCCGCCAGCGACGAGUCGGAGCCCAACGAGAACAUCACAAUAAACGGACUUAGUCCGAGUCACCGGACAGCCGCCAACGCCCCAGCCCUCGCCCCCGCUGCCGGCGCUGGCAACACGAGCAACGCAAGCAACGCGCUGCUCAAGCUCAACACGACCGGCAUACAGCUGCAGCAGCAGGAGCAGAGCCAAUCGAACGGCGCUGCUGCCGCCGCUGAGAUUGGCCCAGUGUCAGCGGCAACAACGGCAGCCGCAGCUGCUGGCAGCGCCGGCGUUGGCGGUGUCGGCGAAUUCUGGUCGGAAAAUCCGCCGAGCAGCGCCUCAUCUGGUUUCAGCGACGACGACAGCCUGGCCGGGCAGGAGGGUGAUCCCAAAACGAUUGAGCAAAUCGUUCAAAUGGUGCGCGAGCGCUGCCGCCAUGGCCUGAUCAAAGAGUAUGCGGAUAUACGGAAUCGGGCGCCCGAGGGCACCUUCCUGCAUGCACGCAUGCGCAACAAUUUGACCAAAAAUCGUUACACAGACGUCCUCUGCUAUGAUCACAGUCGUGUGGUGCUCGCCCGCGAGGAUGACGACGAGCUCUCCGACUAUAUAAAUGCGAAUUUCGUCGAUGGCUAUAAACAGAAGAACGCCUAUAUUUCAACUCAAGGUCCAUUACCAAAGACAUCCCAGGACUUUUGGCGCAUGAUCUGGGAACAACAUUGCUUAGUUGUAGUUAUGACAACGCGCGUCAUGGAGCGCGGACGUGUUAAGUGCGGCCAAUACUGGGAGCCGACUGAAGAGAGUUCCUUGGAGUUUGGCAAUUACCAUGUGCGAACAAUUAGCGUCGAGUGCAAUGAGGAUUACACCGUUGCAUCCCUAGAAUUGAGAAACCUAAAGACUGACGAAAUUCGCAAUGUGUCACAUUGGCAGUUCACCAGCUGGCCGGAUUACGGCGUGCCCAGCUCUGCAAUGGCCAUGCUCAACUUUUUGCAAAAGGUUCGCGACAAGCAGGCAGAGCUGGUUCGCGCCCUCGGCGAUACCUGGGCUGGUCAUCCACGCGGUCCGCCCAUUGUGGUGCACUGCAGCGCAGGCAUUGGACGCACGGGCACCUUCAUUACGCUGGACAUCUGCAUAUCGCGCCUGGAGGAUGUCGGCACCGCGGACAUACGCGGCACCGUCGAGAAGAUACGGUCGCAGCGCGCCUACUCCAUCCAAAUGCCGGAUCAAUAUGUAUUCUGUCAUUUGGCGCUCAUCGAGUAUGCGAUCUCGCGCGGCAUGCUCCAAACGGUCGACUUGGCGGGCUUCGACGAGCGGGAACAGGACUCCGAGUAGGCAUGGGCAUUGACACGCAAUUAAAACGCAGCCACAAGGAAUACAUAUUGUAUACAGAUUACUUAUAUUUUGGUCAUCCUUUUUUUUUUUUGAUAACUUUUAUUAUUAUUUUUAUAUAAUAUUAUUAUUAUGAAUUGAAAUUGUAAUUUUGUAUUAGCUGCUUCAUUCAGACCUUUAGGCAAACGAUUUAUGUUUAUUUAAUUAUUAAUAAUUAUGCCUUUUUUUAAACAUAUAUAUAUAUAUAUAUAUAUAUAUACAUAAUAAUUAUGUAUAUGAAAGAGCAAGAGGAUAGAGCAAGCGAGAGCGAAUGAUACAAGUUCGAUGUAAGCGAAUGGUAAUUGUAAAGUUGACUACUUUAUUUUUUUUUUUUUUUGUGUAUGUUUCUGAUUAUUAUUAUAUUAUUCUAAUUUAAUAUUUAUGUGAAAAUUAAUGUAUAGCUGCAAACUGUGCAAAGUAGUUGCUCGACUCUUUCUCCAGGUGUAUGUGCAUAUGUAUAUGUGCACACAUACACCCGGCGGAUAAAUGCCCAAGCAGAAAAAUUGUACAUGUGUGCGUGUGCUACUGUGUGCAAGUGCGUGCGUGCGUGUGUGCGUGUGUGUGUGUGUGUAAUAUAGUUCUAAUUGACAGAACCCAUAAUUGCAAAUCUUUACCGUAUAACACUUGAGAACUGAGAAUGUGCAUACAAAUAUCCACACACACACACACACACACAUAGAGACGCACACAUACGAACAUACCUACAUAGUAUGUAUAUGUAUAUGUAUUUGUAUUUAUAUCAACUUUUAUGUAAUGUACGUAAUUAAUAUUUAAAAUGCAUUCUUUUCUACGCGAAUCAUUUCAUGUUUAGAAUGAUGCCUAUUUUUGAGAAACGCAAACAU